CACAAAAUCCAAACCUAAAACCCUAUCGUCUCUCUCUCAGUGAAAGCAAAGCAACUACGCCAUGGAUGAUGAAGCACGCAAGAUCUUCAGCAAAUUCGAUACAAACGGCGACGGAAAAAUCUCUUCAUCGGAGUUAAAGGAGAUGCUUCUCACGCUCGGAACCAGAACCAAUUCCGAUGAAGUGAAACACAUGAUGGAUGCAAUUGAUCAGAACGGUGACGGUUACAUUGAUCUAAAGGAAUUCGCCGAUUUUCACUUCACCGAUGCAGGAAAAGAUAACUCCGAUGAGCUUCUUGAUACUUUUAAUCUCUUCGAUCUUGAUAAAAACGGUCUCAUCUCUGCUGAUGAAUUGCACGCUAUGUUGAAGAAACUCGGUGAGAAUUGCUCGCUCAGUGAUUGCAAGAAUAUGAUAAGUAAUGUUGAUGUUGACGGUGAUGGAUACGUGAACUUCGAGGAGUUCAAGAAGAUGAUGGCUCGCUGAUUCGAAUCAACGAUUCCGUUAUAUGCAGUACGUUUUCUUUUUUUUCAAACUGUUAGGGUUUAGCGAUUAAGAAGAUAAUUCUAGGUGAUAAUUUCACGAAAAGUAGUUAAUAUCUUAUGUACAUUCUAUGAUUUUUACUACGCUAUGUUUGAUUUUAGGAUUUUAGCUAAGUGACUGAAGUAGAAGUUGAUGAUUAGUUGAUGAUUAAAUGUUCAUAAUCUGAUUCUGAUCGAUUAUAGUUCUAAAUUGCAGUUCAACUUUUAAUUGAUUUUUUAACAAAUUCGAAACUCUAAUAUCAGUUGCAUUUGUUACGAAUCUCAAUAUCAAUAUUGGCAGUAUAAUCUGGAAUAGUUGAAUUAACAAUUGCAAUUUAGAACUAUAUGUUACUAUGCAGU